AGGCUUCGAAGAGUCCACAUAUUGCGUUUUAUCUUCACCCUUAACUCUCUCUCCCUUUUUCUUCUGCCUGCAGCAAAGCUUUCCUUCUCUCUCUCUCUCUCUCUCUUAUUUUAUUUUCCUUUUCCAAGUGCUCUAGAGCUUCAGCACAGUCAAGCAUGCAGAGAAUGAGAUAACACUCUUCACUUAAAACUAGGGUUCCCCAUUGUUGCCCAACCCACACCCAGUUUAUUAAAGCCCUUGUUUUGGACCAGUUUGCAGACCUAGCUAGCAACCAAAAAAAAAAAAAACUAGACUUGUAGAGAGAAAUAGAGAGAGAGGGAUAGAGAACGAAGAGCCAAGCAGGAAAAAAAAAGUGUUUGCUUGCCUUCUUUCUCUUUCUUUCUCUCCAAUCUAAAACCAGUUUCUCUUGCGGAGAGGGAGUUGGAGACAUUUGGGGGCCUUAACCUUUUGUCUCCUCUAUCCUCUCUGAUUAUUUAUUUAUUUUUUUCGUUUUAUUGUUUGCUUAUACUAAUUUGUGUGCCUGUUCUGCUUCAAAAAAGUUGUUCUGCGAGAAACCCAGUUGGUUUUUUUAAGGAUUAUUGUGUUUGUGUGAAAUAAGAUUUUUACCCAGUAGAGGUUGUAAAUUCUGUAGAGAAGAAAAAGAAGCAAAUCUGUGAAGGGAAGGGAGGGAGAGGGUUAUAGUGGAGAAAAGAAAGAAAAAGGGCCUUCUUUGAUGAGUUUUGGCGGUUUUCUUGAGAAUAGUACGGGUGGUGGCGGUGCGAGAGUCGUGGUCGAUAUCCCUUACAGCAACGGCAACGGCAACAACCACCACAACAUGCCGUCCGGUGCACUCGUUCAGCCCCGCCUUGUCACUCCGCCUCUCACCAAAUCCAUGUUCAACUCCAGCCCUGGACUCUCUCUCGGUCUUCAACCAAAUAUAGAUGGGCAGGCGGAUCAUGUGGGUAGAAUGGCCGAGAAUUUCGAGACUAAUGGUGGGAGAAGGAGCAGAGAGGAAGAGCACGACAGCAGAUCUGGCAGCGAUAACAUGGACGGCGGUUCUGGGGACGACCAGGACGCAGCCGACAACCCUCCGAGAAAGAAGCGUUACCACCGACACACACCACAGCAAAUCCAAGAACUCGAAGCUCUGUUCAAGGAGUGCCCUCAUCCUGAUGAGAAACAAAGAAUGGAGCUUAGCAAGCGGCUUUGCUUAGAAACCAGACAGGUGAAAUUCUGGUUCCAAAAUCGCCGUACCCAAAUGAAGACCCAAUUGGAACGCCACGAGAAUUCAUUGCUCAGGCAAGAGAACGAUAAGCUUAGGGCCGAAAAUAUGUCUAUUAGGGAUGCGAUGAGGAGCCCCAUUUGCUCCAACUGCGGCGGCCCAGCAAUUAUUGGAGAAAUUUCACUCGAAGAGCAGCAUCUUAGGAUUGAGAAUGCCCGGUUAAAGGAUGAGUUGGACCGUGUUUGCGCGCUCGCCGGAAAGUUUCUGGGCCGUCCGAUUUCAUCUUUGGCUGCGUCAAUCGGUCCUCCACUGCCAAGCUCAAGUUUGGAACUUGGGGUGGGGAGCAAUGGUUUUGCUGGCUUGAACGCCGUGCCUACAACAUUGCCUGAUUUCGGUGUUGGGAAUAUUUCCAGUGCUUUGUCGGUGGUUCCUCCGCCGGGUAGAGCAGGGGGCGGCGUGACGGCUCUUGAUCAGAGGUCAAUGUUUCUAGAGCUCGCUGUGGCUGCCAUGGAUGAAUUGGUUAAAAUGGCGCAGACUGAUGAGCCCCUCUGGCUCAGGAGCUUGGAAGGUGGGAGAGAGAUGUUGAACCUCGAGGAUUAUAUGAGAAGCUUCACUCCUUGCAUUGGCUUGAAACCCAACGGUUUUGUAACCGACGCUUCCAGGGAGACUGGUAUGGUCAUUAUCAACAGCUUGGCUCUUGUUGAGACGCUAAUGGACUCGAAUCGAUGGGCGGAGAUGUUUCCUUGUAUGAUUGCUAGAGCGUCGACCAUUGAUGUGAUAUCUAGCGGCAUGGGGGGAACUAGAAAUGGCGCACUUCAACUGAUGCAUGCUGAGCUGCAAGUCCUCUCGCCUUUGGUUCCGGUUCGGGAGGUGAAUUUCCUACGAUUUUGUAAGCAGCACGCGGAGGGCGUGUGGGCUGUGGUCGAUGUAUCCAUUGACAGCGUCCGAGAAACUUCGGGUGCACCAACAUAUGCCAACUGCAGGAGGCUUCCUUCUGGGUGCGUUGUGCAAGAUAUGCCUAAUGGCUACUCCAAGGUUACAUGGGUUGAGCAUGCAGAGUACGAUGAGUGCCAAGUCCACCAGCUCUACCGGCCGUUGUUAAGCUCCGGCAUGGGUUUCGGUGCCCAACGCUGGAUCGCCACCCUUCAACGCCAAUGCGAGUGCCUAGCCAUCCUCAUGUCCUCCGCCGUCCCCAGCCGAGACCACACCGCAAUAACUGCGAGUGGGCGACGAAGCAUGUUGAAACUGGCGCAACGAAUGACCGACAACUUUUGCGCCGGGGUUUGCGCGUCCACGGUGCACAAAUGGAACAAGCUCAACGCUGGGAAUGUGGACGAGGAUGUCAGGGUGAUGACCCGGAAGAGCGUGGAUGAUCCCGGUGAGCCACCGGGCAUUGUGUUGAGCGCUGCCACGUCUGUUUGGCUGCCCGUUUCGCCUCAGAGACUGUUUGAUUUUCUACGCGAUGAGCGGCUCAGAAGCGAGUGGGACAUAUUAUCCAACGGCGGGCCCAUGCAGGAGAUGGCCCACAUUGCCAAGGGCCAAGAUCACGGCAACUGCGUCUCUCUCCUACGUGCGGGUGCCAUGAACUCGAACCAGAGCAGCAUGCUGAUCUUGCAGGAGACGUGCAUAGACGCGGCGGGGUCGCUUGUGGUGUACGCGCCCGUUGACAUUCCCGCCAUGCAUGUUGUGAUGAACGGCGGUGAUUCGGCCUACGUGGCGCUACUCCCCUCGGGAUUCGCAAUAGUACCGGAUGGGCCUGGGUCGCGUGGGCCAGGAGCAACCGCCAACAGCAAUAACAGCAGCAAAGGUGGCGGUGGUCCCCACAGAGUGAGCGGGUCCCUCCUGACCGUGGCCUUUCAAAUCCUGGUGAAUAGUCUCCCCACGGCCAAGCUCACGGUGGAGUCGGUGGAGACGGUGAAUAAUCUAAUCUCCUGCACGGUGCAGAAGAUCAAGGCCGCUCUACAGUGUGAAAGCUGAUCAACAACUGGACCGGGCGGCUUAGCUGAGCUUGAGCUUUUAGCUGUAGCAUUGUGGAGUUUCACGUGGAGUUGCAUUGUUUUUUUUACUUUUUAACAUGGACGCUCUGUGAAUGGUUGUAGUUAUUAAUUAUAUCGGUGGUUGUGUGAAAGAGGGUGAAGGGCUGUCUUUAAGCCCUGUAAGUGAGUGAGUGAGUGAGAUAAGCUGGUUGACUCACUGAGUUGGUGGGUGUUGAGUCAAGAACGAACCGCGCGUGGAAACUCCUUGCAUGGUGGUAAGGAUAGGAGUGUGUGCUUAACACAGGGCAAGGGUGGUGGUUCGGGUAUUGACUCAGGUUGACCCCUAAAAAACUUUCGCAAAACGCGAAGCAGUGGUUUCAUAAUGGGUGUUUUGCUAUUUAUGAGUUUGAUUUUAUUUUUUUUUUAAUUUUUUAAUUUUAACUUCUGCUUUGACUUCU